ACCACUGCUACCAGUAGUUAAGAACAAAAGGUACCGUGCGUUGGGUCAUCGGAUAGUCAAGUAGAUGGUCAGGAAGGUCCGGAACGUCCUACGAAAGUCAAGGUUUACGUAAACAAGACUGUCAGAUUCAUAGUAUUAAUUUCAGGCACAAGUCAUGCCUGGUACAUAGUUUUGAUUACUGGAUUUCUAAAAUGAAUUUCAAAACUGUUGAGAUAAUUAAACUGCGAGUAAUCUAUCUCUACAACUCAUAUCAAGUGAUACCUUGGUUGACCACUGAAUUGUAAAAUGUAACAAAGUUUGUUGUUCUUUUUCAUAUUCUUCGCAUGAUUAUUAUGCGUAUACUCAUUACUUCAAUAUCGGCAAUGGUUGUUAAAAAGCCUUCUUAGUCAACAAUCUGCGGCAACUAAUGGACAAUAUGCCUAACAAGCAAAAUGCUAAUGUCAAAGAUUCGACAUCAGUAAUCAAACUGGAUGUCUCGCCAAGGAAGGAACCAAUUCAGAAAAGACAGAGAGACUCAAGUCUUGCUUUAAAGCCAAGUGCCAAACGGCAAAAGUUUAAUAACAGAACUUACUACGAGAGUCCCUUGAAGCAUUUGGGAAAAAGCAUAGAUAGAACCAAUUCGGCUGUAAGUCUAGAUGAAAGCGUUGUUGUAAUAGAAGAUAACACAGACUUUCAAGCAUCAAAGAGUUCAGCUAGCGCAAAAAGUAACAGUACACAAUUGACUUGUCCCGAUGACAGCAUCAUUAUUUUGAGUGACAAUGAAGAGAUAUCGGAGAAACAGAUCAAUAUCGAAAAGAGAAAUCGGAGAAUUAUUCAUGACCAAGAUUCGUCCACGGUAAAUGCACAAGUGUCAGAGGUUGCAUCAGUUGAAAAACGAACGAUCAAGAAAAAGAAUAGAUUUCAAUCCCGAAUCACAUCUCGCAAGGCCAAAUAUGGAGCUAAGACUAUAGUUAGAAAAGUCAAUUGUCAAAAAAAGGAAGAUCUAAUGCCAAAAAUGCAACCUAUAUCAAUUGACUCUGAAGAUGAGAAUAUAAUUCCUAAUGAUGACACCACCAAAUCACAAGCAAAAAUUACAAUUGACAACAAUUCUGAAAGUCUUUGGACAUCUAAGGAUGUUUCUCCACCAAAUUUCCAGGGUGAUGUUAAAGAGAGCACAAAAAAUACCAAAACCAAUAGUCUUCGCACAGAAUCUACAAUUCAGUCAGAAGCUACACCAGAUGAUAUUUUAAUAGUCUGGACACAAACCGAAAGAUGUCAUACAGCUGCAAAAGAACUUCCUUCACCAUGUGAGGAACCUACAGAGGAACCUUCAAACCUAGAAGAAAGAUCAGGCUUCUGUAUAGAUACAAAGGGCGAUCCGUCCAGUUUGCAUCAUUUGAAUGAAAACAACAAUAAAAGCGAUAAGACAAAACAACAGCUAAACCCAAACUGGGCUAGAUUCACAAAGUACCAAUCCUCCGCAAAUCUACCUGUAAAAAAACCAAACAUUGGAUUACAUCAGCCUGAAGUAAAUGCAGUUGGAAGAUGUUACACCACAGAAAUCGUUGUCAAACGACCUGGGAGCUUACGGGAUAUUGUCAUUGAUGGCAGCAACAUUGCAAUGGCAUACACAAAUCACAAGUACUUCUCGGAAACUGGACUCAAGUUGGUAAUAGAUUACUUCAAAUUAAGAGGCCAUACUGUCAAAACCUUUAUCCCCCAACAUAAACGAUCCAUGAAGCACCAGCUGCUUGAGCAGCUUUAUUCCGAAGGCAUCGUGGUUUUCACACCUAGUCGAUACAUAGGAGGAAAAAGAAUCAGUUCACAUGAUGACAGAUAUAUUUUGGAAUACGCUACAAUGUGUGAUGGGAUAGUGGUUUCGCUGGACCAAUACCGGGACUUGUACGCAGAGAAACCCGAGUGGAAAAAUACAAUUGAAAACCGUCUGUUAGUGCCUACCUUUGUCGGAAAAUGCGUCAUGUUUCCUGAAGAUCCUCUAGGAAGACGUGGUCCAAAACUCGAAGAAUUCUUGAGGCAUUAGCAACGAUUGUGGUUUUUAUGCCAUAGGAGCACGAAAUUGUAUCAAUAUGCCAUCACGACAGGGUGUUUUGUUCCACGUGGGUCUCCAACACCAUUUUCGUGACUGUCGCAACAACUCCAUGCUCUCUUGAGCAGCCUUCUGGGCCUGGCGUUGCAUUACAGUUGCAUUGUCAUUGCGUACACCUGAUAAGAUGCUGUCGUGUUGAAACGCCGUG